AUGCCUCUCGGAAUUCACAAUCCGCUCCCUUCAUCUCUGUCAAGCGAAUGCAAGAAGGUUGGGAAAAUUCUUACGUCCUUCGUGGACCCCCGACAAGCAUUUGGACCUGAUAAGGUCAUUCCUCCUGAAAUUCUAGCAGGCGCUAAAGGUCUCGCCAUUCUUACUGUCCUGAAAGCCGGCUUCCUGGGCUCCGCUCGCUUCGGUUCGGGGGUUGUUGUAGCCCGCCUCGCAGAUGGCUCUUGGUCGGCUCCGUCGGCCAUCGCGACAGCAGGUGCCGGGUUCGGGGGCCAGAUAGGGUUUGAAUUAACCGACUUCGUCUUCAUCCUGAAUGAUGCUGCUGCUGUGCGCACGUUUUCUCAAGCGGGAACCUUGACACUGGGCGGUAAUGUUUCGAUUGCUGCUGGACCGAUCGGACGCAACGCCGAGGCCGCAGGCGCUGCAAGUACGAAGGGUGUCGCGGCGGUGUUUUCAUACUCGAAGACCAAGGGUCUCUUUGCCGGCGUGAGUCUGGAGGGAAGUAUGCUGGUGGAGCGCAAGGAUGCGAACGAGAAGAUGUACAACAGUCGAGUGUCGGCCCGCCAGCUACUGAGCGGAACUAUUCGGCCGCCUCCUGCCGCUGAUCCUCUUCUACGUAUCUUGAACUCGCGCGCUUUCUAUGGCAACUCGAGACAAGGAGAUACUAUGUAUAAUGACAUUCCUGUCUAUGAUGAUAGCCAUGAUGAUGUGGUAUGGGAGGGUCGACGAGGCGAUGCCUAUGGAGAAGGUCUCCGGCGUGACCGGCCUGGGGUGAAUGGCAACGACGACUAUGAGUACCGGGAUCGUCCUCGUCGUGCGAACACGUGGGCCGAUGAUAUCUAUGACCGACCUGCGGGAGGUUUGAGCCGGUCAUCAACGACCCGUAACAGCAGCCGCCCGGAUACCUACGAGUCUUUCAACCGCAGCCGUAGCAACACCGCCCCUAUUGAUGAAGAUUAUGUGUAUUCCGACCGCAAACCCAGCCGUCCAACAGCCCCAAAGCCGAUCUUUGGACAGAGGACGGGGGCUGCCCCUACACUCCGUCAGGACCAGGCAGUUGCGCUGUACACAUUCGACGCUGAUCAGGAAGGUGACCUGGGUUUCAAGAAAGGCGAUAUCAUCACCAUCCUCAAGCGGACUGACAAGGCAGAGGACUGGUGGACGGGGCGAAUUGGAGACCGAGUUGGAAUCUUUCCCAGUAAUUAUGUCGACCCUGCUUAA